GUGUGCAAUGUGCACAGUAUUAUAAGAAGGUUAAUAGAAGACCAACUCAUUUCAUUAGGAAGAAGGCCAUCCAACAACAAGCUAGCCAGCGGAUGGAGUCGAUGGCAAACAGUCCAACCAUUGUUCUGUUGCCGGUGUGGGGUGCCGGGCACUUCAUGCCCAUGCUAGAGGCCGGGAAGCAGCUGGUGGCCAGCAGUGGCCGCGCCAUGUCGCUGACCGUGCUCCUGAUGCCGUCCCCGACAGCGCAGGCCGCGUCCGAAAUCUCCGGCCACAUACGACGCCUCCAGCAGCAGGAGGAUCAGGACGACGACGGGAACGGCAACGGCAUACGCUUCCACCACCUCCCGGAAGUUAAGCUCCCGACGGACCACUCGGGCAUCGAGGAAUUCAUCUCCCGCAUAGUGCAGCUCCACGCGCCCCACCUCCGCGCCGCCAUGGCAGGCCUGCGCUGCCCGGUGGCCGCGCUCGUCGUCGACAUCUUCUGCGCGCCGGCGCUCGACGUGGCCCGCGACCUCGCCGUGCCGGCCUACGUCUACUUCACCUCCAGCGCCGCGCUGCUGGCGCUCAUCCUGCGCUCCCCGGCUCUCCGCGAGGAGGAGUUCCAUGCCGAUGGCGGCCUGGACUUGCCAGGGUUCCCGGCACCGGUGCCGCUGUGUUCCCUCCCGGACACCAUGCUGGAGAGGAAGAAGACGACUUAUUCUUGGUUCGUGGACACCGGCAGGCGCUACAUGGAGGCCAACGCCAUCAUCGUCAACACAGCAGCCGGGCUCGAGCCGGGCGUUCUCGCAGCCAUUGCGGCCCCCGCCGUGUACCCAAUCGGCCCAGUUCUCGCGCUAACGCCGACGCCGCCCGCGGACGCCGGUCCAGAUGCGUGUGUUAAGUGGCUCGACUCGCAGCCUCGAGCCUCUGUUCUGUUCCUCUGCUUCGGGAGCAAAGGGUUCCUCACCACGCCACAGGUGCAGGCGAUAGCACACGGGCUGGAGCGCAGCGGGCACCGGUUCUUGUGGGUGCUCCGUGGCCGGCCGGAGGACACCUCGCACGGCAAGCGAAGCCCCAUGGACGCGGACCUCGCGGAGCUUCUCCCGGAGGGAUUCCUUGACAAGACAAAGGGCAGAGGGCUGGUCUGGCCCAAGAGAGCGCCGCAGAAGGAGAUCCUGGCCCACGGCGCCGUGGGGGGCUUCGUGACCCACUGCGGCUGGAACUCCGUCCUGGAGAGCCUGUGGUUCGGCGUGCCCAUGCUGCCGUGGCCGCUCGGCGCCGACCAGCACCUCAACGCCUUCGCCAUGGCAUCCGGCGACAUGAUGGGCGUGGCCGUGCCGCUCAAGGUCGACAGGGAGCGGGGCAACUUCGUCGAGGCGGCGGAGCUGGAGCGAGCCGUGAGGUCUCUCAUGGCUGGUGCCGGCCAGGUGAGGGACAAGGCCAUGGAGAUGAUGAAGGUAUGCCGGGACGCUGUGGACCAGAGCCAGGCUGGGUCCUCUUGCGCUUCGCUGCGGAGGCUCUCAAAGGAGCUACUCCAAGGAGCGGUGUUGCUGCCCAAGCCCAACACACAUCUCUGAUCUGAUGUUUCUGCAUGCAAAUCAUGCUGAAUCUUUCUCUCCACCAAAGAACGGAGAAAUCCCCCAUUUGGCGUCAACUACAGACAAAUGUUCAUCGUCACGCGUGACACGUCGCCGUGGAAUUGAAUAAAGCGAGUUUUUUUAGGGCGCAUAUUGGCUAUUGCUAUACCGCUUUCGCUUUAAAAACAAAACUAGCUUGGUGACCCAUGUGCAGAUCGCACCCCUAGCAAUUUGUUAUAAUUGAAAUUGUUCAUCGAAACAAAAUUAUGUUUUAUACAUAAAAUGCUAAGUAUUGUUAUUUUA